UCAAAAUAUAUCUAAUAUUUCACUAAAAAUCUUCUCUCUCUCCCCCCCCCCCCCCGCCAAUACGAUCUUUCUUCAACUUUUGAAACAUCAAAUUAAAUAAUCAUCCUUUUCAUACUUGAACCACACUGCACUGCUCUUCUCUCGUCUGUUACAUUUCCAGUCUUCCAGACCAGACAGCAAAGAGGCGUGUUCUACAGGAGACCAUUUCUUCGAUUGCAUCCAUGAGAUCACAUCUCUGGCUUUGCCUAGGAUGACUCAGUCUGCAUACCGAGUUGAAACCAUUGCUCGUCUCGCUCAGUGGAGGAUAGAUGAUCUUCCCUCUUGCACUUACCGCAAGUCCGAUGCUUUCAAGAUCGGCUACUGGAACUGGCAUUUGACGGUGGAGAAGAACAGAGUGCUGUAUGUUAAACUAUACCCAGAAUUCUCAAAUCUAACGAAAGAGAAUCCCCCCAUUGCAUCCUUCAUAAUCCAGGUUGUCUGCUCAGAUGGAGAUCGAAAAUCUUCCACUCAUCCAGAAAUAACAGACAAGCAGCUGAAGAACAACGACGAUUUCAUCUGGCCGAUUGAGGCUCCUUUGACAGGGAAAUACAUUAUCAACGUCGAAUUUCUCGAUCUCAAGACUGCAUCUUCGAAAGGUGGGGAGCCUUGCUCCAUUUGGACUGAAGGGUUCACACAAAAUCAAACAAAUGCAGUAGUUCUUGCAUGUCUCGAUCGGAUGUUAACUCAAGGCAUCCAUACAGAUAUCGUUAUUAAUGCUUCAAAUGGAAGCAUCGGAGCCCAUCGUGCUGUUCUUUCUGCACGAUCGCCAGUUUUCCACAGCAUGUUUUCGCAUAACCUUCAAGAAAAAGAACUCUCAACCAUAAACAUAUCCGACAUGUCGAUCGAAGCUUGUCAGGCUUUCCUAUGUUUCAUUUAUGGAAACGACAAACAUGAAGAGUUUCUGCCCCACCGGCUGGCACUUCUCCGGGCAGCUGAUAAGUAUGAUAUCUCGGAUUUGAAAGAGGCGUGCCACGAGAGUCUGCUAGAAGAUAUUGAUACAAAGAAUAUCCUCGAGAGACUCCAAACUGCAGUUUUAUACAAACUUCCAAAACUUAAAUCUAGUUGCUUGCAAUAUCUUGUGAAAUUCGGCAAGAUAUAUGAUAUUCGAGAUGAUUUUAAAGCUUUCAUGCAAUUUGCAGAAAGGGAGCUGAUAGUUGAUAUAUUCAAUGAAGUUCUAAAUACCUGGAAUGGAUUCCAAGAUUCCACCAAUGGUAAACAACAAAGUUAAGUGUGUUUAAGUCGGUGGUACUCAUAGCAUCCACGAAAAUUACAGCGAGCAGGAUCAUAUUUGUAAAGAUGAUUCUUUUGUUCAUAGGGAAUUCGUGUGUCCAUGUACAUAUACAUAUAUGGAAUUCAUGUGCACACAUGUAAUGUAUUGGUUUCCUUUGACAAGAACAUGCUAUCCUUGUAAUCAAAAUUGAAGGAAUGCAACAUGAUUUGGCAGUAAAUUUUUGGA